AUGAGCUUCCAUCCCGACUCUCUUCCUGAUCUUGAGGGCAAGGUCUUUAUAGUCACGGGUGGUAACUCUGGCAUGGGCUACUACACCGUAUCCCACCUCGCAGAACACGGCGCCCACGUUUACAUGUGUUCUCGAUCCCGAGAAAAAGGCACAGAAGCCAUUGCGAACAUCAAGAAAACACACCCCUCGGCCAAUAUCGACCUUCUACAGAUGGACCUUAUGAACCUCACUAGCGUUGUCGCAGCAGCCAAGCACUUUCUCACUCUUGAGACAACCCUACAUGGCCUGGUCAACAACGCAGGUAUCAUGGCGGCUCCGUUUGACAUGACAAAAGACGGGCACGAAGCCGAGUGGCAGACCAACUACCUGUCUCACUGGGUUUUCACAGAGCACUUACUCCCAGUAAUGCUCAAGACAUCAACAACGCUUCCUCCCGGCAGUGUACGCGUCGUCAACCUCACUUCAUCAGGUCACUUGGGCGCACCCAAGACUGGCAUCAACUUUGACAACCUGAAUCUCAAGGAUGAAGGUCCAUGGCAACGGUACGGUCAGAGUAAAGUCGCCAACAUCCUACACGCCAAAACUCUGCACAAGACUUACGGGCCCGGCUCAGAGAAUGAUGAGGGCGAAAUUUGGACUUCAUCCGUGCAUCCCGGUCUUGUUGAGACCAACCUCUCGACGUCGGUGGAGCCGUCCGAGAAGGGCGUGUUGAACAUCCUAUCGGCCUUACGUAUGUUCAAGAUGUUUUGGUCUGCCGAUAAGGGCUCGUGGAAUAGUCUGUUCUGUGCGGCAAGCCAGGAUAUGACGGCGGAUCAGAGUGGUAUGUAUAUUGAUAUCUAUCACCGGUGUGGUGAACCAUGGUGGGAGAGUAGUGCGGCGAAGGACGAGAAACUCGCAGAGAAGCUGGACAAAUGGACUAGGGAUGUGAUGAGUACAGAAGGAUGGAUUGAGUAA